AUGGCAGAAUCCCACCUGCAAUCAUCCCUGAUCACAGCCUCACAGUUUUUCGAGAUCUGGCUUCAUUUCGACGCUGAUGGAAGUGGCUACCUGGAAGGAAAGGAGCUGCAGAACUUGAUCCUGGAGCUCCAGCAGGCGCGAAAGAAAGCUGGAUUGGAGUUAUCACCUGAGAUGAAAACUUUUGUGGAUCAGUAUGGGCAGAGAGAUGAUGGAAAAAUAGGAAUUGUAGAGUUGGCUCAUGUAUUACCCACAGAAGAGAAUUUCCUGCUGCUCUUCCGAUGCCAGCAGCUGAAGUCCUGUGAGGAAUUCAUGAAGACAUGGAGAAAAUAUGAUACUGAUCACAGUGGCUUCAUAGAAACUGAGGAGCUUAAGAACUUUCUAAAGGACUUGCUAGAAAAAGCAAACAAGACUGUUGAUGACACAAAAUUAGCGGAGUAUACAGACCUAAUGCUGAAACUAUUUGAUUCAAAUAACGAUGGGAAGCUGGAAUUAACUGAGAUGGCCAGGUUACUACCAGUGCAGGAAAAUUUUCUUCUUAAAUUUCAGGGAGUCAAAAUGUGUGGAAAAGAGUUCAAUAAAGCUUUUGAGUUAUACGAUCAGGAUGGCAAUGGAUACAUAGAUGAAAAUGAACUGGAUGCUUUACUGAAGGAUCUGUGUGAGAAGAAUAAACAGGACCUGGAUAUUAAUAAUAUUCCAACAUACAAGAAGAGCAUAAUGGCUUUGUCGGAUGGAGGGAAGCUGUACCGAACGGAUCUUGCUCUUAUUCUCUGUGCUGGGGACAACUAG